AUGGCGCUGAGGGGGGUCUGGCAGCUGCAGAAGCUCGUGGUAAACUACUGCGAUUGGGGAGGGAGCAGCAGGGGCAUCAGGGCCUUCAUGGAGGCACAUCUUCCAGCCUUUAAGGAAAAGAAUCCACACUUAGAAGUGGUGACAGAGCUUGUCCGCGGUCAACAUCCUAACUUGAAGGGAAUUUACAAAAACCAUAACGAGCGAGUAGUCUGUGUGAGAAAUUUACCGCCAGAGGAAAUACUCCUGCAGGCCACAAGGCUAAGGAACUCUCUGGGUAGGAAAGUGGUGAAGCUGCGAACCAGACACGUAACGAAACGGCCCAGUGUUCAGGGGACGUGGACGACGGGACUGAAGAUGUGA